AACAAUCACUAGUCUAUGUGCCGUCAAGGAUAUGGAGAUCAAAAUUGAAGAAACAACAAAAAAAUCGACAGUAGUUUUUUCAGAAAAUGAUGAGAAACCACAACAGCCGUCUGCUAAAUUAACAUCCUCUGUUAAUGCCGCUUCAAGUAAAUGUAUAGAUGAUAUACCCAUUAUAUCAAUAUCGGAUGGAGAAGAUGCAGUGGGUCAGCACAAACCAACAACUGUACAAAUGAUUAGCUGUAAGCGUAAUAGUGUAGAUGCAGCCGAAGCUGAGAAUGAUCAACACCUUAUCUUGAAACGGCCCAAAAUUAAAGAAGUCGGUGCGCCAAAGACACAUUUUUCGAGUUACAUGAAUGAUAGACAAGAGUUGCUACAUCAAGAACUGCCCACGAAAAUAGCGAUUGAGCAUACAAAAAAUAUCGGUGGGGAAUGGCAAAAGAUGAUAGAAAACAAAAAAGCAACCGAUCGGGAUAAGCAACGGUGAGUAGCUAAAUAACCAAA